GAAAUAGGCUAGAGUUCGGUUCAUUUUUCUGACAUUGGUAAAUUUAAAGAAAAACUUUAAAUAAUCAUUUAAACUUUCACGCCCAAGAUGUCGCAACCGAGUUAUUUGAACGGGCGCAUGCAUCGGAUAUAAUAGAUACAGUUUGGGGUACUGGAAAAAGUUGAAUCGAAAUUAAAAUGUUCUAUGUCGAUCAACAAUUUUCAUCGGUAGAGUUUUGAACCUUUCCAUAACAUGUGAUUCGAUAAAACAGCCCAAUGUUACUGAAGCAUAGAUUACAGCACCAUUAGUCUGACGGCCAUUGUUCUCUGAUUUGUUUAUUUAUUACUUCUAUUUGCAACUUUAUUUUCAAUUUUAUGUUAAAACUCAUAUGAGAUUAUUUUGUUGCCAAACCCGAAAAGAUUAAAAUGGAUCAGUUAGCAGUCGAAAAGAAGCUGGCCGUGAGCUACACCCUCUGUGCCAUAGCGGGGGCUGUGGCUAGUAUUACCAUGGGCAUAACAUGGGGCCAUUGGUAUCAUACACUAGAUAAAUGCAUCGGCAAAAACUGCAGUUGCAUCUUGUACGGAUUAAAUACCCCAUCAACGUUUCUAGGUGGCGAUCAAGCGCCAUGUAUUUGGGUCACUUUUGGACCUUUGAUUUAUGUCUUUUGUUGCAUAUGUCUGACUUGUUUUCACGGAUAUAGAGUUUUGUUUACUACUAAAGCCCCACGUAUGACAACUACUAGGACUGUGAUAGCAAAGACUGAACCUGGUGAAGCAGUAAGGAUACAAACCAUAGCUCAGGAGGACAUAAGCCCGUUGCCUCGGACGUUUUGGAUAGUCGUAUCCGCCAUAUCAGUUUUUUUCUUUGUUUAUGCUCUUGUGCAUUUUUCUAUAUUUCUGGAUGGAUUCUACUCCACCUGCACCGAGUACAGAAAAGUUCUGGAAAUACUCUUGGGUGUGGAUGGAACCGCCUUGCCUGUUAUCCAUGGUAGACUUUAUUGCCAAGGCAUUUUUGAUUUCAUGGACUACAUGCAGCUUGAUAGUGUCAAUGCAUCUCGCAAUGGUUUCCUCAAUACUGGACUGGCUUUGGUGCUGGGAGUAAUUGCAUCUGCUUUUUCAUGGAUUGUAUUCCUCUUUGCUAGCUGGUUGAAUAUACUAAUGACCAGAAGACGUGAUUAACCUUCACAUUUUAAAUUGAAACUUA